AUCACGACACUCACUACCCCUUCUCUCUUUGCGGUUACUGGUUCGUUACGUCGACCGUUUUGCUUUACGGCUCCUCCCUUUCUCCUCGCAUGAAGAUGGCCGGUGGGACUCUGUACACGUACCCUGAUAACUGGAGGGCAUAUAAGCCUCUCAUCUCAGCUCAGUAUUCGGGGUCUCACAUCACCGUUGCUUCCUCUCCCCCAGAAUUCCAGUUUGGUGUUACAAACAAGACACCAGAAUUCCUGAAGAAGUUUCCACUGGGGAAGGUUCCAGCGUUUGAGGGGAAUGACGGCUUCUGUCUGUUUGAGAGCAAUGCUAUCGCUCACUAUGUGGGUAACGAUGAACUCCGUGGCACAUCCCGCUUAGACCAGGCUCAGAUCCUUCAAUGGGUCAGUUUCUCAGACAGUCACAUUGUCCCCCCGGCCAGUGCUUGGGUUUUCCCAACUCUGGGGAUCAUGCAGUUCAACAAGCAGGCCACCGAACAAGCCAAGGAGGAGGUGAAAAUUGUCCUGGCUACAUUGGACUCUCAUCUGCAGACACGGACUUUCCUGGUUGGCGAGAGAGUCACAUUGGCUGAUAUUGCUGUAACAUGUUCCCUGCUUUGGCUUUACAAGCAGGUUUUGGAUCCGUCCUUCCGUCAACCUUUUGGUAAUGUCACAAGAUGGUUUGUGACAUGCGUAAACCAGCCCCAGUUCCGUGCAGUAUUAGGAGAGGUGAAACUCUGUGACAAGAUGGCUCAAUUUGAUGCUAAGAAGUUUGCAGAGCUACAGCCCAAGAAAGAAACACCCAAGAAAGAGAAACCAGCAAAGGAGCCAAAGAAAGAGAAGGAGGAGAAGAAACCAGCGCCUGCCCCAGCACCAGAGGAUGAUCUGGAUGAGUCUGAGAAAGCUCUUGCAGCAGAGCCAAAAUCAAAGGAUCCCUAUGCUCACCUGCCUAAGAGCUCAUUUAUCAUGGAUGAGUUUAAAAGAAAAUAUUCCAAUGAGGACACUCUUUCAGUGGCCCUGCCUUACUUCUGGGAGCACUUUGACAAAGAGGGUUGGUCAAUCUGGUAUUCAGAGUAUCGUUUCCCUAAUGAACUGACACAGACCUUCAUGAGCUGCAACCUCAUUACAGGUAUGUUCCAGCGUUUAGACAAGCUGCGUAAAACCGGCUUUGCCAGUGUCAUCUUGUUUGGAACCAACAAUGACAGCACCAUUUCUGGAGUGUGGGUGUUCAGGGGCCAAGACUUGGCAUUCACCUUGUCUGAGGACUGGCAAAUUGACUACGAAUCCUACACCUGGAGGAAGCUGGACCCUGACAGCGAGGAAUGCAAAACCCUUGCAAAAGAGUAUUUCUGCUGGGAAGGCGAUUUCAAACAUGUGGGCAAACCAUUCAAUCAGGGCAAGAUCUUCAAGUGAGGACCCUGGAAGGGGAGUGAGGAGCUGUCAUUUGGAGAGCGUGCUGAUAACUGUUCUCUUCAAACCUACCACUCUGACCUUUUAACUUAAGAUGGCAAACAAAAAAUAAACUCAAGUCAAACAAG